AUGGAACCAAAUGUUUCCUCAAAACGUUUGCUCAAUGAUAUGCGUUCGACUGCUUUGGAGCUUCAAAAACUCCUUUUGGCGUCUCUCACCAAUGCUUCUAGUGUCUUCUAUCUCGAUUCUUUCAUUGAUUACAUUCCAUCUCCUGCGUUAACAAAUUCAAAUUCAAUUACGUCACUAACAGGAGAAAUUGGGUUGCUAAAUAUGGGUGCUAAGGAGUCUUCCCGUUCCACACAGUAUCAGGCAAUUGAUCUUUGGACAUACGAAAGCCUUGUUCAAUAUUCAAUUCUGCAGUCGGCUUGUAGUGUUGCUGAAGUUGUCACUUGUGAUGCCGCGGCGGUUGCCUCGAGCUGUCGGGGAUUGGUUAUUGCCCUGAAAAAGCUACUUAACUUAUUAAGUAUAGAGGAUCUGACGAAGCUUUCCGGUGAAUAUUUUAGGGCUAAUGAAGAAAAUACAAUGCUUCGUGCACAGAAUGGCUCGGUAGGGCGCAUUGUGGCGGAUGAAAUGUUUGCACAGCCUUUCAGAACUGGAGGAAAGCCGAAGUGUUCCGAUCUCAAUCGAACAGAUGUUUUUGAGAUUGUGGAGAAAAUAUGCGAGCAAGCUGAGGAUGAAAGACAAAUUCUUGAAACUGAGCUUCGCAAUGCACGGUAUGAUCUGGAUCGAGCACGAGAAUCUCACGAGGUUUCUGAAAAGACCAUCUCUUACAUUAAAACCCAGCUAGAAUCAGAAAAGAGGCGUUACUCGUAUUUGGAAGACUCUUCCUCUGAUAUUAUUGCUGUCAUCCGUGACAUCGCAACGGAACUUGAUUGCUUUGAACCGGCAUCCGGUGGUCUUCGGAUCGCACAGUCUCUUAAACGUCAAGUGAUGGGGUUAUUGUCAGAGAUGGAACUUAAGGAAAAAGCUGGAGCGUUAGAGGCAGCCAGAUCGUUCAUCAAUGAUUUGGGUGUUGAACUGAAGGACGUAAAAGCAGACAGAGCGCGUCUUCGUGGGGAGUUGGAAAGGAAAAAUCUCCUCAUUCAGAAGCUUCGAGAAGAGGGAGCUGAGAAAAGCAUACAAAUUGACCGAUAUCGAGCAACCUUUGAUGCUCUUUUUGAACCGAAUACCGCAGCCAAAUUUGCGAAACAGGUUGCGGAACAAUACAAACGGUACAAGAGCAAAUCACCCAUUCAACGUACAACGAAGUCAACGUGUUCUAUUGAUGCCGUCCCAACAGAGUCGUCUCAGCACAUUUCCAGCUGCGGAGAACGACACGUUCCCCAUCAUCCGAGUUGCCAACAAUCUAGUAUCGAAGUUGCCUCCUGCGCAGCCUUUACUCCCUUCCCCAAACCCCUUCUCCCUACAGAGGGGCCUUGUCGCGACAAAGAAAAUUUCCCCGAUGAUAUGGCAUCCAGGACGCUACACUUAACACAGUCAAACCUUGAACAGCGGGUUUAUUUUAAUUUUGGCACGGAGCAAGCCCUCAAGAAACCUCUAAACGCUUCCCCGAUGACGACUGAUUCAAAGCGCAUCCGGUUGGCAAAGGAAUCUCCGAAAGCACUCCCUUUGCGCAUCGUAAGCAACGGCUGGACAGGACAAACCCUCCUGCAAGCAAAAUACUCGCAUCUGAAUCACCGCAGUCAGCGUUGCACCGAGUCUGUUCCAACGAGUAAACCGUCAUCACCACAUCCGUCCCUAUCCUCUGCUGAAAAGCCCGAUCCUGGUUGUCCCAUAUCUUAA